AUGGAAGGAUUUCACAGAGAGGUUAAAGCGGCGGACUUGGGCAGCUUCAGUCCACCCACUGCAUUCCAUCGAGCUCGCUUGCACCUAUUAGGUUAUCUUUUUCUCUCACACUUCUUGCUCUGUUUGGUGCUUCGAGAUAGAGGACAUGAAAAUAAUUGCAUCCCUGUGCUUAGAGAGUUGAAGAAAGCUGUGAGAGUGAAAUUCUUGAGGUUUUGGUUUGAUAAUAAAAAGAAACAGAAAAAGAAAAUUCGACUGGUGAGAAAGAAGGAAAACACUAAAAACCCACAAUCGCAGUGGUGA